GAUGCAGCAGCCGGGGCCAGAAAUGAGGAUGGAGGCCGGGGAGGCAGCGCCGCCGGCGGGGGCGGGUGGCCGCGCUGCCGGCGGCUGGAGCAAGUGGGUGCGGCUCAACGUAGGGGGCACGGUGUUCCUGACCACCCGGCAGACCCUGUGCCGGGAGCAGAAGUCCUUCCUCAGCCGCCUGUGCCAGGGGGAAGAGCUGCAGUCGGACCGGGAUGAGACUGGGGCCUACCUCAUUGACCGUGACCCCACCUACUUCGGGCCCAUCCUGAACUUCCUCCGGCAUGGCAAGCUGGUGCUGGACAAGGACAUGGCUGAGGAGGGGGUCCUGGAGGAAGCCGAGUUCUACAACAUCGGCCCCCUGAUUCGCAUCAUCAAAGACCGGAUGGAGGAGAAGGACUACACUGUCACACAGGUCCCGCCCAAGCACGUGUACCGGGUGCUGCAGUGCCAGGAGGAGGAGCUCACGCAGAUGGUCUCCACCAUGUCUGACGGCUGGCGCUUUGAGCAGCUGGUGAACAUUGGCUCCUCCUACAACUAUGGCAGUGAGGACCAGGCGGAGUUCCUGUGCGUGGUGUCCAAGGAGCUCCACAGCUCCCCCCACGGGCUGAGCUCCGAGUCCAGCCGCAAAACCAAGAGCGCGGAGGAGCAGCUGGAGGAGGAGCAGCAGCAGGAGGAGGAGGAGGUGGAGGUGGAACAGGUGCAGGUGGAGGCAGAUACACAGGAGAAAGCUGUUACAAGCCAGAGGCACCCGGAUGUGAGGCCCCAGAUCACCUCCAGGGACUUGGGGUUCCGAUCCGAAGUCCUUUAUUUUUGUACCGCGGGGUGGGCCCCCAGCUCAAGGUGGAGGAAGUGCCCCUCCCACUGCCAUCUCUGCCUGCUCCUGUCUCCCUGCUGGGCCCUGGGGCCCCUGGGCAGAGCUGCCUGCCGGUGGCCACAGCGUGGCGCUGUCCAGCUCUGUCUCCCAGGCCCCUGUGCCCCCUCCCCCGAGGCCCCCAGCUGCAUGGCGGAUGUGAUCCCUCCUGGCCCUGUCACUUCCCCUCCUUGAGCCUUACUCUCCCUGUCUGUCAGAUGGGUUCACUCUUCCCCCACUACCUCACGGGCUGCUGUGAGGUUACACCUAAGGGGAUCGGGGUCCCAGAAAGGCCUCCCUCAGGGAGUAAGGGCCAGACCCACGGUGGCCCCCUUCACCCUCCCCUCCCAGGGGAAGGACCAGUGUAGCCCCAGAGGCGCGGAUAUUGGUGGGGGAUGAGGGGGGUGGGCUGGCCCUACCCGAAGGGGGUGUGACUCGGCCUUCACCUGGACUGCUGGGGACAGUGCAGUGGCCAGGAGCGGGCAGGCGAGGGGAAAGGGGGACACCCUCUGUCCGGGCCCCUCUCAGCAGUGCUCAGCCGCACCGGGGAAUAAAAUGCGAAGGAACCGUGGGCCCGGUCAUCUCUCUCUUUCUUUGGGUCACUUUUGGAGACGGGAUAAACUCAAGGUGGGGUAGAUGACCCAAAGGUGAUGGGGCUUUUUCCUAAAGCCCAGGGACCCUGCCCUGUCCCCUGUGGGGUGGGGGGCUCAUGGCUGGGCCCUCUGCCCCG